UGGGUUCUGGGGUUUUCAUGAUUUAUUUCAGUUUGCUUUGAGAUAAUGUUUAUGGUUUCAUUUUUUAGAAAGGGCUUUUGCCUUAAGGGAAAAUAGUCCAAACAAUUUGCCCUGGUAAUUAUAGAUAGCUUUAUUGUCUCUUUUCCAGGCUGCAAAGUACAAUUCUUAUGUUCCAUAAUGGGCUUAUUUUGGUUUGUUUGUUUUCUGUUUAUUUUCAGGCAAUAUUUAGGGCAGGUGAGGAAAUGUGUAUUAUCAGAUUUGUGCAAACCAUUGAAAAGAAAAUAAACAUAGUUAAAUAUUAAUAGUUUUUUAAUUUUUCAUUAUGUCCCUUUAGAAACAUUGAUCUUAUCAAAAAGAGACAGUAAGUGUUGACAAGGAUGUGGAGAUAGUAGAACCUCAUACAUUCCUGGUGGAAUUGUAAAACUGGUACAGCCAUUUUUUAAAACAGUUUAGCAGUUCCUCAAAAACUUAAACAUAGAGUUACUGUGAGACCCAGUGAUUCCACUUUUAGAUAUGAACCCAGGAUGUUGAAAACAUGUCCAACACAAAAAUCUUGCUAACGAAUGUUCUUCAUAUUAUUGUUCAUUAUGGCCAAAAAGUGGAAACAACCCAAAUGUCCAUCAGCUAAUGAAUAAGCAAAAUGUGCCAUAUACAUACAAUGGGAUAUUAUUCAGUGAUAAGGAAUAAAAACUUAUUGAUACAUCUUCUAACAUGGGUGAAACUUCAAGACAUGCUAAGUGAAAAAAGCCAGUCACAAAAGAGCAUAUAUUGUUUGAUUCCAUUUAUAUGAAAUGUCCGGAAUCAUAGGCAAAUGCCUAGAGACAUAAAGUGGAUUUGUGAUUGCCUGGGACUAGGGGCAUAGGGUACAGGAAAGAGAAGUUGCAGCUAACUGGUACGGGGGUUUUUGGUGGAUGAUAAAAAUGGAUUGUGGUAAUGGUUGCACAACUUUGCAAAUGUAUUAAAAGCCAUUGAAUUUUACACUUUAGGUGAAUUGUAUGGUAUGGUAAAUGUAUCUCACUAAAGCUGUUAUUUUAAAAAAUUGGUCGAUAUCUAAGUGCACUGAGGAUAUGGUUUCUUUUUAUUACUCAACCAUCUCAAGAAUUAUCCAACUCCAUUUUUGUAUGAGUUAUUACAAUGAACUUUUUUUUCAUAUUACACUUACUGUAUGCCAGUUCUUUCCCGUAUAUGUAAACCUGAUCGUAAGGGUUGGGAUACAAAGCUGAAGCUAAGUAUGAUGUCAUCUUAGUAUUGUCGAUUGUCCCCUUUCAAUGUUGUCUACUAUGUAUUCCUUUCUUAGGACAUCUAAGAGUCAGUUGAAAUGCUGUCUUCCAAAACUUGUGUAUUCCAAUGAACCAUGCUUCUUCAUAUUCAUGUCAGUAUCGUCCAGACUGUCACAGCCAUCCUCUCCCCAGUCAGGCUGCCCAUCACCCACCAUUCCAGCAGGUAAAGUCAUUUCUCCAUCACAGAAGCACACCAAGAAGGCACUAAAGCAGGCUCUAAAACAGCAACAACAGAAGAAGCAGCAGCAGCAAUGCAGGCCAAGCAUGUCCAUCUCGUCCAACCAGCAUCUGUCUCUGAAGACUGUCAAAGCAGCCAGUGACUCCGUACCUGCCAAACCUGCGAUGUGGGAAGGAAAGCAAUCUGAUGGACAGUCAAGCAGCCCUCAGAACUCAAAUUCUAGCUUUGCUUCUUCAGUUAAAGUGGAAAAUCCUUUGCUAAGCUUGGGGAAGAAGUCAUUCCAGAGGUCUGACAGGCUCCACACAAGGCAAAUGAAAAGAACUAAAUGUGCUGAAAUUGAUGUUGAGACACCAGACUCCAUUCUGGUUAAUACAAAUCUACGAGCACUGAUCAACAAACACACCUUUUCAGUCCUUCCUGGAGAUUGCCAACAGCGAUUGCUUUUACUACUUCCAGAGGUGGAUCGACAGAUUGGUCCAGAUGGUCUGAUGAAGUUAAAUGGCUCAGCCCUUAACAAUGAGUUCUUCACUUCAGCAGCCCAAGGCUGGAAGGAAAGACUCUCAGAAGGUGAGUUUACACCUGAGAUGCAGGUGAGAAUUCGACAAGAGAUUGAGAAGGAGAAAAAAGUAGAGCCAUGGAAAGAACAAUUCUUUGAAAGCUACUAUGGUCAGAGUUCUGGCCUGAGCCUUGAGGAUUCAAAGAAAUUAACGGGUUCACCCAGUGAUUCCAAAGUAAAGAAAACCCCAGCUGAGCAACCAAAAUCCAUGCUUCCUUCAGAGGCCUCUCCUCUCAGUGUAGUCCCAGUAAUUCCCCAGUUAGAGUCUAAAGAAGAAGAAGUACCAAUGCCAUCACCAGUCAGAAAAGAGGAGCACGAAAGCCAAGAUAAGGUGCAGCCAAGCUCCAAAUCCACAGAGCCCCUACUUUCCUCAGCUAGCAAUGCAAAUGAGCUUAGCAGUGUUCUUUCCAUCAAGUGCCCAAAGGACGAGGAUCAUUUGGAGCAGAAGCCAGUUGCCUCUGCUGAACAGGAGUCUGAGAAGGAGAAUCAUCUCACUACAGCCUCUAAUUAUAACAAAAAUGAAAGCCAGGAAGCUUUAGUUACAUCUCCGAGCAAAUCCAAGAGUCCUGAGGUGGAAAAACCAAUAAUGAAGCCCAUAGUAGAAGCAAGUCCACAGGAGGCCACUAUGAAAGAGCUUCCGUCAGCUCUGGUUGACCACAGCCCAGAAAGCCUCAAGAGGAAAGCUUCUCUCACCCAAGAAGAGUCCCCUAUGAGCUGGGAGAAGAGGCCACGUGUCACAGAGAAUCGCCACCACCAGCAGCCAUUUCAGGUCUCGCCACAGCCCUUUCUCAAUAGAGUGGACAGGAUCCCGGUGCGAAAAGUACCACCUCUCAAGAUCCCAGUCUCCAGAAUCUCCCCCAUGCCGUUUCCUACAUCGCAGGUCUCUCCCAGGGCUCGUUUUCCAGUCUCCAUCACUAGUCCUAACAGAACAGGAGCCAGAACUCUUGCAGACAUCAAAGCAAAAGCCCAGCUGGUCAAAGCACAGAGGGCAGCAGCUGCCGCUGCAGCUGCCGCUGCUGCAGCCGCCUCAGUUGGAGGGACCAUUCCAGGACCUGGCCCAGGGGGUGGACAAGGUCCAGGAGAGGGUGGUGAAAGGAAAACUGCUAGAGGAGGGAGUCCAAACUCAGAAAGAGUCGGUGAAACUGGAAAGGGCCCCACACUGGAACUGGCAGGAACUGGAAGCAGGGGAGGUACGAGAGAGCUUUUACCCUCUGGUCCAGACACUCAGCCCCAAUCUGAGACCAAGACCCCAGGCCAGGCACAGCCUCAUAGUGUCUCUGGAGCACAACUACAGCAAACCCCCUCAGUGCCUCCAAUAUCUGCCAUCAGUGGAGCAUGCACAAGUGUCCCAUCACCAGCCCACACUAAUGCACCCCCACCAGCUUUAGUGAAAUUGAAUAAUGAAAAACUGAAUCCCUCCAGGGCAGCAGCCACCAUGGCCUCUCUAAGCCACCCACCGUGGCCCAGUAAUUGCUGGCAAGAGAAAGCACCUUCUACUCCAGCAGAUCCUGCUCAUUUUACUGCUGAUGGCACAGCUGAGCCCAAAGCAGCUUCUAGUAAGAAUCCACCAAACCCUUCAGCCUCAGCAGAGACAAAUGCUAGUGCUUCAGUGGAUAUGACUCCCUCCCCUUUAACAUCUUUAUUAACAACAGCCACUUUAGAAAAGCUUCCUGUACCCCAGGUCAGUGUAACUGUAGCACCUACCGGAUCAGCUCUAUCCUUGAGCACUUUGCCAGCAGCUUCUAGCCUUAAAACUCCAGGAAUUUCUUCGAAUAUGAAUGGACCCAUUUCAAGGCCAAGUUCUAGUAUCCCUGCUAAUAAUCCUCUGGUCACUCAGCUGCUCCAGGGCAAAGAUGUUCCCAUGGAGCAAAUUCUGCCUAAACCUCUCACCAAAGUUGAAAUGAAAACUGUUCCACUGACUACAAAAGAGGAAAAGGGGAUAGGAGCACUCACAGGCACCAACAUAACAGAAAAUAGCACCAGAGAGGAAGGUAACGAGAGGCAGUCUCAUCCAGCUAUACAGCAGCUGGGGAAAACCUUGCAGAGUAAGCAGCUCCCCCAGGUUCCAAGGCCCCUUCAGCUCUUUUCAGGUAAGGAUCUGAGGGAGUCUAGCAUUGACACACACCAAUACCGAGAAGGACUAAGUAAAGCAACCCAAGAGCAGAUCCUUCAGACUCUCAUCCAAAGGGUUCAGAGGCAAAAUGUUUCCUCGUUUGCACAGCCCUCUCAGUUCAACUUCACUCACUCAGGUUUCCAGUUAGAAGACCUCUCCAUAAGCCAGAGGUUCAUGCUGGGUUUUGCUGGCAGAAGGACAUCAAAGCCUGCAAUGGCAGGUCACUACUUACUUAACAUUUCCACCUAUGGCCGGGGUUCAGAGAGCUUUAGGAGGACCCAUUCUGUAAACCCUGAAGACCGUUUUUGUCUAAGUAGCCCCACUGAGGCCUUGAAAAUGGGAUAUACAGACUGUAAAAAUGCAACAGGAGAUAGUAGCAGCAGCAAAGAAGAAGAUACUGAUGAGGAAAGUACUGGUGAUGAGCAAGAAUCUAUCAUGGUGAAGGAGGAGCCCCAGGCUGCCCAGAGUUCUGGCAAGUGUGAAGCAAGUUCAGGACCCCACAGUAGAGAAAACCUAUCCACCAAUGAUUGUUUAGCUAAAAAGAACGUGAAGGCAGAGACACCAGUGCAUGAGCAAACCACUUUAAGCAAGGAGAAUUACCUCUUCCCCAGAGGCCAAAUGUUUGAUGAAAAGACCCUAGCCAGAGAUUUUAUUCAGGCAGCACAGAAGCAAAUGGCUCAUGCAGUAAGAGGUAAGACAAUGCGUAGCAGCCCUGAGCUUUUCAAUUCUACUGCUCUUCCUCUACCUACAGACAGUCCCACACAUCAGCCUCUCCUCCUUCCACCACUGCAAACCCCAAAGCUGUAUGGAAGCCCCACACAGAUCGGGCCAAGCUACAGAGGCAUGAUCAAUGUCUCCACCUCAUCUGACACGGACCAUAACUCUGCUGUACCGGGGAUGCCUGACUGUAGCCAGGUAUCUAGUAACAUAGGUGAUGUCAUGUCCUUUUCAGUGACUGUCACUACCAUCCCUGCUAGCCAAGCUAUGAAUCCCAGUAGCCACGGCCAGACCAUUCCUGUUCAGGCCUUCCCUGAAGAAAACAGCAUAGAUAACACGCCUUCGAAAUGUUACUGCCGUUUGAAAGCUAUGAUCAUGUGCAAGGGGUGUGGAGCUUUCUGCCACGAUGAUUGCAUUGGCCCCUCUAAACUGUGUGUCUCUUGCCUUGUCGUUCGGUAAAUGAGACUAGAAAGAGAACACUGUAAAGGAGGCAGGAAGGGAAGGGUUGACAAGAUGUGUUUUUUGCGUCCUUUUGGAAUCACAGAAAUAAACAAGUAGGUUUCAGUUGUCUUAAGAGACAAAUGUUACUUAAUCAGGAAUAUAGAGUACAGAUCUUACAUUUUAGAGGAAGAGCACCUUGUAUAGUAAGUCUAAGUCAAGCAAGACUUUGUGAAUUUGUGACAAGUUUGCACUUACAAAAUCAUGUAAAUAUGUCACAUUUUGUUUUAACAUUAUUUUUCCAAGUGUUUAGGUAAUAAUGUAUUACUUUGAAUUCAGAUUUGUGUCCUAUUUGACGUGACUCUGAGAAAAGUUUAAUGCCAUGCAUGGUGAAAGGAAGCUGUCUCCCUUCUGUCCUUUCCUAAGAGGCUAGGAAAAGGAAGGAGCGAAGGAAUGGUCUGGAGAAAUGACCAUUCAUGCUGAUUAUGUCUUGACAGUCUGACUUCAGGCUUUACAUAGAUCCUUCAGCCUUUGCAGGAUUUGAAUUCAGGGUUUACUCAGUCCCUUUACCUUAGCUGGAACCUUCUUAAGUUCAAAUUUUUGAUAAGGUAUUAAUUUCACAAGUAGUAUUUCAGACUCUGAAAACUGUCUUGUUUCUUGGCUUCCAUAAACCAGUACUCUUGCCAAGCACUCUGCUUGCAGUUUGGGGAUUCCUGCUGUUCCCUCAUCCACUCCCCUGCACCGAGUCAGUGAACGUGGCCGCGAAGAGUACCCUCUCUGGGCCCUGUGUUAGCAUAGCCUGUGCAGGGCAGCAGUGCCAGCAAUAAUGUCCAAGUACUUAGUCGUUCAUGGGAGCUUACAGACAGGUUUGAAAUACUAGUAUAAAGUUAACAGAAAAGUAUUAGUGAUGGGGUGAUUUGAAUCAAGUGUUUUCUUGGGCAGGGGGCAGGGGUAAAGGUGCAGAAACUGUUAAACUGAACAUAAAGAACCUUGGGAAACGAUUGUAACACUAGAAACAAGGUAGCCUCUCUUUUUUCUCUUUUCUCCCAACCUGUUACAUAAUGUUCUAUAGUCAACUGUUGGCUGCAGGUAGAAAAGCUUAUUCAUGGCACAUGUGCCCAUUCUGGCAAACCUGUUUUGACUUCCCAGGCAUCUGAGGAAUAUGGAGUAGUUUAUUACAUAUUACUUUGAACACACACGUAUGCACACACAGUAAAAGACACUUCUGUUAUAGAAAAUAUGUCCCCCAUUUUGGAUUACUACUGUCUAUGCACUAGAAAUUUCUAAUGUAAAGUGUCUUCAAGUGAAUGGCUAAGAGAACAUCUAGAAAGGAAGAGAAAUUAGCUCCAAAGUUUCGUCGUCGUUGUUUGCUUUUGUUAAUUCUUUUUUGUCUCCUUUUUUGUUGUAUUUUUAAUCCUCUCUUUAGUGACUGAAGGACUUGUGAGUACAUAUAUUUAGGUCAUGGUUAAAGGACAUUAAAAUAAGUCUACAAUUUACCAGAAUUUGGUAUUAAAAAAUCGGGUUUUGUCAAUGUGCAUCAUUUGCAUAUUGAUUUCAAGUUUCCUAAUUUCAAGUGUAUAAAGUAAAAAUAUUGCUGCAACCUGGUACAGUCGUCAUUGUACUUAAUAUUCAGGAUGUGAUAUUUACAACACGCAGGACAGUGUAAAUUUGAGUCACAUUCCAGAUUAGGAUAAAGUAGGCAGUAAUAAUCUUCGCUUUACCCCCAUUCUGUUACCCUUUCCUCCCCACCCUACCCACUGCAUUAAACACUCUUAAUACUUUUAAACCCCAUAAGAAGCUUAUUACUUCACUGUUUUUCAUUUUUCGUGUCUGGUUUUUUAUGUGGCCCAAGGCAAAUACAGGAUUAAUAUCUGUGUUCUAGUUUCAGCCAAGACAAUAGGAUGUCCUUCUAACUGCCCUUUUUCUUCCAGCACGCACAUAGCUAAGAGAGUUGAAAGCUGCAUGGAUCCAGGGAUGAGGAAUAGGAAGAACCAGUAGGAAACAGAAACCGUGGUUCUGUUCCCAAGCUUUCAGUACCCUGGGUAAUCUAAGGGGGAGUUAAAAAGACCAAUUGCUGGUUAAAACUCUCCAUGCCCAGCUUCUUCACUCCCCACUUUGGUGGCAGGGCUGAGGGCUUGUCUGCGUGCUGGAAGUGGUUGAGUGGUUCAGAACUGAUCCCAUGCUAGACAUUAAUUACCAGUUUGGAUUGAUCAAGUGAUUUUUCUUCUUCGCACCUUUCCUGUCGUAGAAAGUCUCUCCUCCAUGGUUCCCUUAAUCUGAGGGUGGACAGACUAACCAGGAAAGGAAGAAAGGCAUCAGGGAUUUUCAAAUUCAUUUAGAGAGCAAACCAUAUUGUGCCUCUUCAUCUUGACACAGGCUCUUGCAGAUAGAUUCUGAGCAUUACUAUACACCAGAUUCUCUUAACAAAUAAUACCCAGCUAAUAAAAUAUUUGCAUUUAUGAAUACCCCUAAAACAGAAGUUGUCAACUAGGUAUACUGCCUCAAUCUUGACCAAAUAAGAGAAUAGUUAGAUUUUCUUAGGUUGGUAGUAAAUUGACUACAAUCCAUUUAUCAGUUUGUUUCAAAACAAUGGUUAUAAGUAGAAAGUCAUCUAAGCUGAACAGGAAAAAAAAAAUUAGUCUGGCUCUUUUGCAAAUGGAGCAAUAGAAACAAGAAAAUCUCUAAAUUAUUAGAGUAUGUACUCCAGUACCUUUAAAGCAGUUUUUAUCUUAGGUUUUCAGAUACUUUACCUUUCAAUUCAAUCUGAAAUGUUUCUAGUAAGUGCUAAGCUUAUUUUUAUGGUAUUAAAUUGCACUAUUUCCAGUGACUGGUGAGGCGUUGUGCCUGAUGCUUCUGCCUCCAAGGGAUGCUUCUUGAGCCUUCAGACCCUUCCACUGCAGGGCACCUUGGGGAGAUCACAUUAACAAUAUAUCAUCUCAGUCUUACUUAUGAAUGUUCUAAGUUGUCUAGUAGAGAAGGCUCUCUUGAGUCUUAAAGAAUUUUAAUUAAAAUUCUCCAUCCAAUUAGAAAAUAAAGCCCAAUAACCUGGAGUUGUUUGCCCUACUUCUAUUCCUUAACCCCUGUGCUCAAGAUACUGAAGCCAUCUGUGGUAUUCUAUGUGAUGUUCUUAAGAGUAAGAUCUGGCAAAUGGGAAAUUUUUCUUGGGGGAGGGGAAGCAUACUUGCAUGAGCUGGAAAGGCACACAGAUGUAGAUGUUGUAGGAAUUAUCUCAGAUUUAAAUAGCCAAAGGAAGACCUCACUGCCUUCCAGGUGAAGGAGUAAAUUUAUACAUAAUAAUGACCUGACAUUUACCAUCCUAAUUGCUUAUUAUUGCCUUUCUCCACCUUAGAGUCCUUAAAGAACUCUUGGGUGAAAUGAUUUGUUAUAAUGAGGAGGUCUUCUCUGGUCACUACAUCGCAUUUAUUGCUAGAACUCACUGUCCAUGAGCAGUGCCAGGAUUGUUUUCUCUGUGACCUAGAGGUUUCGCUUCCCAGCAAGGAGGGAAAAGUCUCCCUGUUGCAUUACAACAACGCUAAGUAAAAAACUUGGCCAAGGGUAGUUUUCAGCUCAAUUUAUAGAAUAGUCCAAAGAGACUCCAAGAAACAUGAUCAUAGGCAGGGAUCUUUCCUACCGUGUUUCAAUACCUACAUACCUAUUGAAAGAGAACAAUAGGUGAAACAUUUCCUAAAGUUGAAGUAAGAGCUUCAUAGAUUCUUGGUUACUUUAUUUUUUUUAAUGCUUUACAUUUGAUACAACUAUUAAAGAUCAAUUUUAAAAAUAGCUUUCCAGUAAUAUAUUUUAAGUAAUAUAUAUUUUAAUAUCUAUGUAAAAAUUGACAAUGGAAGACUUUUAAUUUCUCGUAUAUGGUAUCUUUAAUGUAGGACCUCACUGUUAAGGCACAAAUUACUUCAAAGGAAGUUACUCUAAAGACACUCGGAUUAUUUCCAAAAAAUGCAAUAAGGGGAAUAGCUUUGGAGUUUAUUUUUUAUUUUGAAAGAAAAUUGACUUAUUUGCCACAAGCUAUUUUUUUUUUCCUUCUGGCUAUAAGGUUUGUACAGACUGGUUUGGUAAAUGAUAAACUUUUGUGUCUUUUGCCUUUUUAAAGGAAUUGUUAACAUUGGAAUUGAGGGUAUGUACAGAGAAGUUGGUGUCAACACCAUUUAAAAAGUCAUAUUUUUUCACAAAUAUAGAAAAUCAUUUUACAUAAGAAUUUUAAGUAUUUGCAAUAAAUAUAUGUAUAUAGAUUGUAUGUAUUCAUAUAUUCUUAUUUUUCAUUUUAUUAUUAAGUAAAAGAUAAUUAAAGUGAAAAUAAAAACCUUGGAGUUUUUGGUGAAUUUUGAGGUCUGACAUAUGUUUGAGAGUGGUGUGGGUGAGGGUCCUCAGUUGUUGCCUUAUACUAUUAUUGGAAGAUUAACACAUUGUAUAGAAAAGAGUAAAAUGAGGCAUUUGGUAAUACAUCAGGGUAGUGUAUUUCUUUCAGAACUCUAGUAAAUGCUAAAUUCUCCUAAUCUGCUCAUCUCUAGGUUUUCACUCUUGAACUAUUCUGUCUCCUAACCACCUAAUGUUACUGGGAAAGUAAGGAAGAAAAAACCAUGGUACAUUCUUUAUUUUAAUGUGCCCAUUGUUUGCUUCUAAAACAAAGAAUGGUAAGAAAAUAUCUCAGGGGAAAAGAUAGGUUUUCCUUUCUCCACAGUGGUUAAUAAUUCAUUAGCAAACACUCACUGCCACCACCUUCCAGGCUGUAGAGGUAUGUGAAGAAAUGGUCUCAUGAAGAUAACAGAAAACUUUUUCUGUUUCCCAGUUCUCUGAGAAGUGAGUUUCAUUGCCAGUUUUAUGUCCUUCCUGACUGAUCUGGAGAGGUGAGCUAGCAGAACUUGAAUUUUGAUCUCUGUAGGGCCAGGAAAUGAGGACAAAGCCAGAUGUUAGGAGAGGUUGUCCACGGUCCCAUACCUAGAGACAAUCUGGAUUCCUGCUGUCCAAGAGAAGUAAUUUUGUGCUUGUAAAUAUUUGGUGUUAGGGUAUGAAUGAGGAAGAAAAAUGACACCUAGAUAGUCUUUGGAAAUAAAGGAUAUAUAGCCCAUUCUUUAAAAAUGAAAAAUAUAUGGAUUUAUUAAUGACCUGAAAGAAAAUAAGGUCAGAAUUUCAAGAAUGUCUUAAUGACCCAUGAAACUGACUUUAAUUCUAGUUCACUAGUUUCCCCCAUAAUUGCCCAGUUAUGGUUAUUUUCACUGAUUAAAAUAGCAUAUUUUGGAAUUAGUAGGGAUACAUAGAAUGCUUUUUGAAAGACAUUAUUUUUCAAAAAUUGAAAUUUCAAACAUCAGGGUUGCCCAAAGACAUUGGAGAUAGUUUAGCCAUCCAAGAGAACAGCACCCUGAAUUGUUGCUGAAAGUACGCUGUUUCCAGAGGAAAUUUCUUAAGUCUCAGGGAACUUCUGCAUCCUCCUAAUUCCCAUAUCUAUAGAUAGGAAUGAAGGUGAAAUACUUAAAUGUGCGUGAAGCAGUCCAUGAAUGACCACUCACAAAGACACACGCAUUUCUAGUACAUAUUUAUCAUUAUUUAAAUGGGUCUCCUACCUCACUGGAAAUAAAAUUCAUAUUCAGGUAAUGACAGUGGAGCCUAAAGGUGUUGUAGAUGGUCUGCAGUUGAGUGAGAAAGAGCAGUGUACCAGAACACAAACAGCUUCAACUUGGAUCCCCAGCUUUCAUGUAUUCUCAUUGCAGAGUCUUAGAAACCUGUGUUCACCGCUUUUGACACUAUGGGACCACAAAUAGUCUUCAGCAAUCAGAGAUUUUGCAUAAGAUUUCUAGCUGUUUCUGUGUAUAAAUCAUGUUAUUCACUACAAAUAGUUAUUGAGUACCUACCAUGUGCUAAGCACUGUGCUAAAGUUCUGGUUAUGCAAGGGUAAACAAAAGCAGCCAUGCACAUUGUAAAAGGUCUUCCUAAAGUAGUAACCAUACCGCAGGUGUCUAGUUCAGGGCUCAAGGAGUAAUAUAUGCUACAUAUUUCCCAAGACGUGGAAGUUUAAGAGUAAAUGAGUUUUGAAACAGAAGCGCUUGAGAUACACAGUGGCGAGACAUGAAGAAAGAAAGGCAUUACCCCUAGAUGAAACAAUGUGGAAGUGAGGAGCCUUGUUAAUAAAAUUUACCUUUUUUGAGAACUAUCAUUGGAAGAUCUAAGUUGUUAAUAGAAAUUUCAGGAAAUCUUUUAGUAAAAAUCUAAAUGGAAGAGAAAGAAUCCGACGCAAUCCCUUUUGAUUCAUUCUGCUCCUUAUGUCAGUAAAGUUGCUUUAUCUUAUGGUCAACUAAUCCUUUCAGAUAACACUUGGGUAAAUAAUGCAGCUUUCCUGUCACUGUUCAAACCCAAAAGAAACUUCAAGGGAAUAAAAAAAAACUUGAUUUUCAUCUUAUAGUCUUGUGAGAAGGAAGUGAAUCUAAAGAGAUGUUGCUUCCCUGUUUUUUCUUCAUAAUGCAUACAGUUAGUAUUCUGUUUUAUUCUAAUAUUCUAGUAAUAGAAUUGGCUUUUUUUUCUCUAAGUCACAGAACUUGAGUUAAAAGAGGCUUCAGCAAGACCCUAGCCUUUUUUAAUGGCCUAAAUCCUAGUUCUUUUAAGACUUUCUGGUAGAAAGGUUUUAAAAAGAUAAGUCAUUGUAUUUUGUCAGUGCUUACUCUGGAAUUUUCUUUAAAGUUUAUCUUUAACCUGGAUUAUUGAUUUGCAACUUGAAUUCUAUAUGGCAAACUACCCAUGUUCACUGUUUAGUCAAAGAGCUAUUAGGCGUAUUCCACUAUGUGGUGAAGUCUCAGCUCUGUCCGGGCAGUAGGAGAGUGGAUAUCCUGUAUUUUCCUAAUGCUUGGUAACCUUAAACAGAAGGUUGGGUUUCUUUCCUAGAGACUGUAUAAACUGAGGAGUAUCUGUACUUGAUGUAGCUCUCAGUCUGAACCUGAAAAGACAAUCCCUAGAACGAUUUCGUUACCGUGAAGGGAGAGACUGAACCUGGAAGAGAGACCAGAGAUGAACAGCUGUGAAGGUGAGCUGUGGCUAGAUAGUGGGCCUCCUGAAGAGUAACUUCAAACUCAAUUUUCCUGGUUCUUCAAGCUCGAAAGAAGCUAAAGGAAAUUUCAAACCAUAUCCUGAUUUUCGUCUUGACUGCAAAACCUAGAGAAUGCCUAGGGGAGAAGAAAGGUAAACCCUAUAUUGGAUUUAAAGUAAAUUUAAGUAGAGUUUGAAUUAUUACUCUCUUACUGAAUUUUUUAUUUUUUAGCUUUUGGGUUCACAUAACAAUGUUGAAUUGUCAUGAGUGUAUCAUGAAAUUUGAUUUGAGACAUCUUGGGCUAAACGAUGGUUUUCUAUUGACUAUCUAGUGCCAACUUUUGCUGCUGAUCAGGUUUUAGGGUUGUGCAUCUGUAUUUUUGUUAAGUGACCCAAACAUUGGCUCAUAAAUGCUAUUAAACCAGCUUGAGUUAAUGCUUAAUUUUAUUAACUUUAAUCAUAGGUGGUCUUUUUUAAAUAUUUAAAAUUCAGAUUAGCCCAAUAAAAAAGCAAUGCACUAAAUGUUGUCAACAUAUCUCAAGAUGCUUUAGAACUAUUAUUUAACACAUAGCCUAUGUCCUUCCUCUGGAAAGUGGUACAUAAAAUUUUACAUCUCUUGGGUCAGUUCUUUGCAAAAACUAGCGUCUAAUGUUUUCUGAUACCUAGAGCUUGGCAGCGAUGGAGUUGGGCUUUGACCCUAAGUCAGUAAUUCUUCUCAUUUUAGGUUUUCAGGCAAUAGCAACUUGAAAACUUCAGUGGUGGUCCCAGCUGAACCAUAUGUAAUCACUUUACAUGAAGUUUAAAUUAAUGAAACUCUUCCAGAGUCUCAAAUUUGGUUUCCCCUUUCUUACAUAAGAGGAUAGGUUCUGGGCUGGGUAGGACCUGAUAAUGUAUUCUCUGAUGAUAAAUUACUGAUUGAAGGGCAAGUUUGUUCUUAGGGAAUUUGCAAAAUUUCUAGAAUCCAUGAAUGAUCUAGAGUACAUGACAAAUGAAACUCUAAAAAUUAAAAACUUUUCUCUUAACUAUAAGUGCUAUGACCUAUUUUUUAAACCCUAUCUUAAUUCUGUGACUCAUUGCAUCCCCCCUUAAGACUUUCACCAGCACCGUGAGAAAUCAGAAUGGAAGAAAUGGCCUUAGGUUGGUGGAGUUCAUUUUAAAAUCUUUGUGCACAUAGGCCUUAGCACUUUGACAGAUAAAACUCUGCCUUUUAGCUCCUUCUCACUGUCGUCUUUAUUCUCACUUUUAGAUUGUUCUUUUUAUUGGUCGUAUAAAACUACCUUCUUCAGAAUUGAAUGUAUAAUAAUGUUUCUGCACAUGGACAAAGUGUAUUUUACCUUGAGUCAUUUUAUGUUGAAUAAAGACAUACAGUUUUACUCUA